UAUAAAUACGAACAGGCCCUGUUGGUCGGGGACGAAGAGAAACCCUAAUGGUCCCAACACAUCAAAGAACAGAAAGGCACACGCACGGAGGACGGACACUGUGUGUAAACCGAUGUGUAAUUUAAUUCUCAGCCUCAGAAAAACCCGCACUAAUCGCCACUGACCCACAAACGAAACAGUCCUCUGGCAGAUGGAGAAACAUACUGGAGCUGCCGGGGCGGCGGACGGAGCAGGGCCGAACAGAAGGCACUGGGGCUCGUCGACCAAUGAACCAACCGCCGGUGAAACCCUGGACAGUCCAACAGGUUCCCAUGUAGAGUGGUGUAAACAGCUGAUAGCAGCCACCAUCUCGAGUCAAAUCUCAGGAUCAGUCCCAACUGACAUCAUGAACAGGGAUAACAAGAACCUGUCAGCACUGAGAUAUGGGGCACCAAUCGGAACAUUCCAGAACCAGGUUCCUCUGCUGCCAGGAGAAACCAUCCGCACUACAGUCAAGGAUGUGAUGUAUAUCUGUCCAUUCAGUGGCCUGGUUAAUGGGACCCUGGCCAUCACAGACUACAAAUUCUACUUCACCAGUGUGGAAAGGGAGUCUCCGUUCAUUCUUGACGUUAACCUGGGCGCUAUCAGCAGACUGGAGACUAUAAGUGUUCCCAACCAGGGAGAGAACACCAAAGGACUUGAACUGGUCUGCAAGGACAUGAGGAGUCCCAGGUUUGCCUAUAAGACAGAGGAGAGCCAUCCAGAUGUGGUUGAGGCGCUGGCUAAACAUACCUUCCCCCUCUCCCACAACCUGCCUCUUUUCGCUUUUCUUUACAAGGAGCAGUUUCCUGUUGACGGCUGGAAGGUGUACGACGCAGCAGCCGAGUACAGGCGUCAGGGUCUACCAAAUGAGAGCUGGACCAUCAGUAAGAUUAACAGCACCCAUGAACUGUGUGACACCUAUCCCUCCAUCCUGGUCAUCCCUACCAACAUCAUAGAUGAAGACAUCAAACGUGUUGCCUUGUUCAGAGCUAAGCACCGCAUACCGGUCUUGUCCUGGAUCCACCCAGAGUCUCAGGCCACCAUUGUACGAUGCAGUCAGCCCUUAGUUGGACCUUCAGAUCGUCGCUGUAAAGAGGAUGAAGGCUUCUUCCAAAUCAUCAUGGAUGCAAACGCCCAGUCCCAUAAACUCACCAUCUUUGAUGCCCGGCAGGGUAGUGUGGCAGUCACUAACAAGGUAAAAGAUGGAGGGUAUGAGAGUGAAAGUUUCUAUCCAAACGUGGAGCUGAACUUUCUGGAAAUCCCCAACAUCCAUGUUAUGAGAGAGUCACUGAGGAAGAUGAAGGACGUGGUUUAUCCCACCAUAGAUGAAGCUCACUGGCAUUCUGCUAUUGACCAGACACACUGGUUGGAAUACGUACGGCUUUUAUUAGCGGGAGCAGCAAAGAUAGCUGAUAAGCUGGAAUCUGGAAAGACAUCGGUAGUGGUACACUGCAGUGAUGGCUGGGACAGAACUGCUCAGCUCACCUCUCUGGCCAUGCUGAUGCUGGACAGCUACUACCGCACACUCAGAGGAUUCCAGGUUCUGGUGGAGAAGGAGUGGAUUAGUUUUGGACACAAGUUUGCCGCACGUGUGGGUCAUGGCGAUGAGAACCAUGCUAACUCUGAGCGCUCCCCCGUUUUCAUCCAGUUCAUCGAUUGUGUUUGGCAGAUGACUCGACAGUUCUCAGCAGCGUUUGAGUUCAAUGAGCUGUUCCUGAUCACAGUGCUGGACCACCUCUACAGCUGUCUCUUCGGUACAUUCCUUUAUAACAGUGAAGAGGAGAGGACAGCCAAGGAAGUGCAGACCAAGACUGUGUCCUUGUGGUCCUACAUUAACAGCCAGCCGGAGGACUUCACCAACCCCUUCUAUGUGGAUUAUGAGCACCAUGUUCUGUAUCCACUUGUUUCCUCAAGACACCUCGAGCUGUGGACCAGUUACUAUGCUCGCUGGAACCCGUGCAUGAGACCACAGGUGCCAGUACGCCAGUCUCUGAAAGAGCUGCUGUUUCUGAGAUCAGAGUUGCAGAGAAGGGUGGAAGAGCUGCAAAGAGAGACGUCCUCCCACUCCCUGUCCUCCUCCGAGCACCCCUCCUCCCCCACUCAUACCACGGGAACUCCACUGCACACUGCUGUCUGACACACACAUGCAUACACAGGGGAUGGUCCCCCUGCUUUUUGUGAGGUGGAUGUUUCUGUAUAACACACCGGCUUGCCUGCCAAAUUACCUUUAACACACCAGUGUUGGAGUGGAAUCAGUUGAAUGUUUGAUACUCACCUGAUUCAGGGUGCUGUGAAUGAGAUUUCAGAAAAGGCUGUCCUCUCUUCUACUGUUAUGGUUAUUGUUUGCAGUUUGAUGGUUCAGGUUUGUAUAAAGGCGUUGCAGAGGUCCAUUGCUAACAGCCUUCAUGAACAGAUGUCCUUCUUCUUCUUCUUCUUCUUCUUCUUCUUCUUCUUCUUCUUCUUCUUCUUCUUCUUCUUCUUCU